GUAAUUCUAAAUAUAAAUAAAUGAGUAAAAAAGACGAGUCAGAGCUUUCUGGAAACAAGGCCGUAGGAGAGAGAAAGAGGGAAUCGAGGAGAGAGAAAGAGGCAGAAUUCGACCACAGAAGCACAAGAAGAAGAAGAGGAAGAAGAAGAAGAGACGAGCAGGGUGAGAUGGAUUUGGAGACGGAGAAUAGAAUAGCUGCAAUUCUUAUGAAGGAAGCUGCAGAAUUGCGACGACAAGCUGAGAAGGAAGGUGUGCAUGUUUAUCUCCAGAAACCCCAAGUUAGGGGUCGACCCAAUUCCCGUUUUCUCACUGCAACUGUUCUAGGUGUGCAACAAGCAAAUCGAGCUGUGGAAGUAAAUGAGAUGUGGCGAGUCAGGCAGAAAGAGCUGGAGCUGGAUGAUCGGCUUAAAGGAAGAUUAAGGGAUGAAGGCAGCAGUAGGAGCCAUAGAGACUAUAGUAAUUCUUCUACAAGUGCAAAUAAGAGGCAUGCUAGUGAUUUAUGUUCAUCAAGCAAAAGAGUAUUAGAAGAUGGCAGCUGUUCAAAGGAAGAGGAAAGUUUGAGAGAUGAUGAGGUCGAAGAGUUUCUAAACUCAAGGGUCAAGCGUGGCAGAGGUGCUGUAGGAUCUAGGAUGGAUGAAGCAGGUCCUUACCUUCCUCACUGUUCACACUCCAAGGACAGGCUGUUAACUAACCCUGAUUUAAGGGUUAGGGAAGAGUGGGAACAUCGCGUUGUUCUUGGUCCAGAGAAGCCUUCUUCACUGGAAUUAAGUGAAUCUUCUGAAGACAAGCUUCAUUGGGAUAGGAGGAAGAAGGAGAAGAAAGUUCGCUCAGGGAGUUCAAACAAGCAGCAUUCUAGGAAGCAUGGAUCAAAAGAGAAAUCGAGGGAUAAGAAAAAGAAGAAAUCUGAAAAAAGAAGUAAACAUCGCAAGUGAUGUUUUGUAUUCUUCUAUUGUUCUAGAGGAUCACAAGUCAUCAAUGCUGGUCUGAAACAUAGUAGUUUGUACAAUUGACACCAAAUAAUUGGUUGUUCCAGCUUCUACAAUUGAGAACAGAUUAGAGGCAGUUACUACAUAUGUUUAACUUAUAUUUAUAUCUCAAGACCUAGGAACUAAGGAAGAUUCCCUCGGAGCAGGUGCAUGUAAUCAGUGAUAAAAGUGGUCAAGAUUUGAACAAAAAUCUCCAAUGAAGCUCCAAUUAAUGCUGCUUUUGGGUUUC